AUGGGUAAAUUCUACCCUUCAAUCACCUCAGACCUCCACGACUGGGCCCUCCGCCAGAGCGUCUUCUUCGGCCUCCCCGAUGCCUCGUUCGCCAUUUUCGGCCCCAACGAAGCGGCCUACAUCGACGCAACAGGAUCCGGCAACGAGACCAUCUGCCAUCUGCGAGAAAACGGCCGGAUAACGGUCCUCUUCUGCUCGUUUGACGCGGCGCCGCGCAUCCUGCGCUUCUUCUGUACUGGUUCGGUGAUAGAGUGGGAUCAGCCUGAGUUUGCGACGUAUCUCGGACGCAUGGGGAAUAAGAGCGUUCCUGGAGCGAGGGCGAUUAUCCGAUUGGAUGUUUAUAAGUACCACUGGGUCGGAGGAACCAUCGCUGAGAGUUGUAUUGUGCAGGUCCAAACGUCCUGCGGGUUCGGGGUGCCGCAACUGGCUCUCAAACUGGACCCGGAGACUCACGAGCCAAAACCGUACCUGAGAGACCGCGAGACGCUCGGGCAUUUUGCCGCCAAGAAGGUGGAGAAGGGCCAGCUGCGCUCGUAUCAGCGGGAGUGGAAUUCGAGCAGUUUGGAUGGGUUGCCCGGGCUGUGGUCUGCGAUCAGGGAUGACGGGGGUAUGUGUGGGUGGGACGGGCGCGGAAUUGGUUGCGGCGCCAUGAAGAGGAGAUUGAGGUGGUGAAGACGUCGUUGCUGUGCUUGUUCUUUGCUGUGACGGUCCUUCGAUGGAUGGGGUAUGAGGUAUAGUAGCUCAUACUGGUGCUCGCGGAGUCUUGAAACAAAUAAGUGAUAUUGGCAUGACCGAACUGUACGAUUUUACGGUGAAAAGGUUUGACUUUAGUUGCUGCAUGUCUGCCAUGGAGUCAUACUUCUAGUGAACUAAUACUACUGCUACAAGGAAUGCAAACUAAACAAGGCGGCUUCAAUCUAGGUACGAGUCCAGCUGAUUGGGAAUCGCUAAUUAUCAUUCAAAGGACUAAAUGUCACUAUCUG